GCCGUCAGUCAGCUUUUUAAUGCAUGCCUUUUUUUUUCAUUACUCAGUAUAAGUGCUCGAUCCACGCGCCUUAACGCAGAGCUGCACCCGAGCGCGCGCAGAACCAUGGCUCCCCGGUAUGUCCAGUUCAUCCCCGCGGUGGUGCUGCUGGUUCUGGCUAUAGUCGGGAUCCUGCUGGUGGUCCUCCCGGCUACAGAGACCGAGAUCCCUUCUGAUAACAUGUUUGGCAUCGUUCUGGAUGCUGGGUCGUCUCACACCUCUAUGUACAUCUACAAAUGGCCGGCUGACAAGCAGAACGACACUGGGAUUGUUACUCAGCACAGCGAGUGUCAUGCCAAAGGUGAAGGCAUAUCGAGCUAUGCCGGUGUUCGCGGUGGGGCGGCUAAAAGUCUUGAGGCAUGCCUGGAACAAGCCCUGAAAGAAAUCCCCAAAUUCCGGCACCACCAGACUCCUCUCUAUCUGGGAGCUACUGCAGGAAUGAGGCUCUUGAGCAUAGUCAAUGCCUCAGAGUCCAAGCGAGUCCUGAAGGAAGUGGAAACCAAACUGAAGUCUUAUCCUUUCAAAUUCCAAGAGGCAACCAUCCUGAGCGGACGGGAAGAGGGUGCGUACGGCUGGGUCACGGUCAACUACUUACUGGAAAACUUUGUCAAGUUCGGUUUUGUCGGGCGUUGGCUGAAUCCAGGCAGAGACACAAUCGGAGCUCUGGAUUUGGGCGGCGCUUCGACUCAGAUCACGUUUCAGACGUCUGACACGGUGGAGGACAAGAACAACUACAUGGAGCUGAAGCUCUACGGCUACACCUACACACUGUACACCCAGAGCUUCCUGUGCUACGGACAGGACCAGUUCCUGAGGAAACUUUUGGCUAAUCUCAUCAAGACUCAAGGUGUGAAGUCCCAGGUGUCCCAUCCCUGCUAUCCUCAUCAGUUCAACAUGUCAAUCAGGCUGGGGCAGGAUGUCUUUGAUUCUUCCUGCACUAAGGACUACAGACCGGCCCAGUUUGACCCUCAGAUGUCUGUGUCAGUAGUGGGUACAGGAGAUUACCACGCCUGCCAGGACAACAUUAAAAACAUGUUCUCAUUCGGCAGCUGCUCCUUCACUAAGUGCUCCUUUGAUGGAGUAUUUCAGCCCAGCCUGAGAGGAAGCUUCAUGGCUUUCUCUGCUUUCUUCUUCACUCACAGCUACAUCAACCGCCUCACCAACAUCACCCUCACGUCACCUAAUCGAAUGAAGGAGGCAAUCCGACUCAUGUGCAACAUGAGCAUCUCUGAGAUGACUGAAAAGACAAAGGUGUCGGCCAAACACAUGAAGAACGUCUGUGCCGUCGCUAAUUUUGUUCAGGUCCUCUUGACGCAGGGAUACGGUUUCGAUGAGCGCUCGCUUCCUUCCAUCUCAUUCCAGAAAAAGGCCGGAGGAGCGUCCGUAGGCUGGGCUCUGGGCUACAUGCUCAAUCUGAGCAGUAUGGUACCAGCAGAGAGACUCGGGCUGGUGAAGGCUUUGCCCUCAGGGCCCUGGGCUGGCAUCCUCUUCCUCUUCAUCACCUUCCUCUUCUUUGCGCUGGGAUACAUGUUGAUGAUCUACAGAAAUAUAAGAACUAAAGAAGGCAUGGUGUGACACGCCUCCUGCUCCUCUGCAUAAAUCCAUCUGGAACAUUCGUCCUCUUAAAGGAAAACUGCAUGAACGAUGUAUACAAAUGUUAUCAGUAAAAUAUUAAAAUGUCCUGCAUAUAUUUGCUUUUAAAAUCCACAAGACUUCGUGUUGCUUUUGAGAUUCAUGUCACUCCUAUUCUAAAUGUUUCAGACGUCUUAUGCUAUCUUAAAACUUGACUGAUAACAAAGAACGUCUCCUCACGAUGCCUUGGAUAUAUAAGAAGUCAGGUUUUGGUGCCUUCAGUCGUUAUUGGUCAUUAUUGUUCGGUCCUUCUCAUCCACAUGAACUGAGCUUCACUCUAAUUGUGAGUCAUUUGAAAGCAGACUGAAAACAUACGUUUAUAUGCAAGAUCUUAGAUAUUUAUGUUGUGGUUCACAUGUCAAGAUUUAAUCAGUAUUGUAUUUUAUUUUUUUAAAUAAUCGCUCCUAGUUGGCAUUUCUUCCAAUGUGUUGUUAUUGAAUGUUUUUAUAUAAACCCUCUGUUUCUUUUGUUAA